AUGAGCACAGUGGCUGCAGCUAACUCCUCCUCUGUGACCGAGUUCAUCCUCGCAGGUUUGACAGACCAGCCGGGACUGCAGCUGCCCCUCUUCUUCCUGUUUCUAGGUUUCUACCUGGUCACUGUGGUGGGGAACCUGGGUCUGAUCACACUCAUUGGAUUGAAUGCUCGCCUGCACACUCCCAUGUACUUCUUCCUCUUCAACCUAUCCUUAAUUGAUUUCAGUUUCUCUACCACCAUCACCCCCAAAAUGUUGAAGAGUUUUAUCUCAAACAAGAACUUCAUCCAGCAUGCAGGGUGUCUAAGUCAGCUCUUUUUCUUCUGCUUUUUUGUUAUCUCUGAGUCCUUUGUCCUGUCGGCCAUGGCCUAUGACCGCUAUGUGGCCAUCUGUAAGCCAUUGGUGUAUACAACUGCCAUGUCCCCCCAAGUCUGUCUACUCCUUCUGCUGGGUGCCUAUGGGAUGGGCUUUUCUGGGGCCUUGGCACAUGUAGGAAGUAUAGCCAGUCUGACCUUCUGUGCUGGCAACCUUGUGAAUCAUUUCAUGUGCGACAUUCUUCCUCUCCUGGAGCUGUCCUGCAACAGCACUUAUGUACAUGAGCUGGUGGUCUACAUAGUUGUGGGCAUUGACAUCGGGGUGCCUAUCAUCACCAUCUUCAUCUCCUAUGCUCUGAUCCUCUCCAGCAUCCUGCGCAUCCCUUCCACAGAGGGCAAGUCCAAGGCCUUCAGUACCUGCAGCUCCCACAUCAUUGUGGUGUGUCUGUUCUUUGGUUCAGGGGCUUUCAUGUACCUGAAGCCACCUUCAGUUUUUCCCUUGGCCCAGGGGAAGGUGUCUUCCCUGUUCUAUACCAUCGUGGUGCCCAUGCUAAACCCACUGAUCUAUAGUCUGAGGAACAAGGAUGUGAAAGUGUCCCUGAGGAAAACCUUGGGGAAAAUAUUUUCUUGA